AUGGAUACGCACAUCAUGCUUUGUGAGGUAUUUUCCGAGGAGUUACUGCGGUGGGACAUUCAGGUCACGAUGUCAAUCGGUCUCUCAAACUCAAUUGACUGCGAUGCGUUGCGAUGGUGGGAUCUGCAAAACCUCACAAGCCACGCCCCUUCUCAGCCAACGUCAGUCAAGAAGAUGAACCCGACACUCCUGAUUAGAUAUGAGUCUCCAUGGAACACGUACGAAAAGGAGUUAACCUGCGAUCUUGCUGGAGAUACUGCCAUCGUUGUUCAUCGUGGGGCGCAUUCCGAGACUUUUACAUUGAGUCACCUGCAACACGAAAAUGUACUAUCCGCAAGAGAGUAUUAUUACCAAGAGGAAUCGAUGUAUGCUCUGGGUGAGGAUCUUUCCAUAACCUUGGAAGAUGUGGUUCUUUGUGAUCCCUUUCUGAGUGAAGCUCAGCUAGCAGCGAUUCUCUGUCAAGUCAUCCUUCCUGUUUCCUUUUACCUUUGUCUACAAAGGUCUGAGGAUCACAGUGCGGUAGGUCUGACUGAUCCAAGUCGAUGGCCUGAAGACUCGGAUGCUGUAAGGUUUUUGGCUGCAACCACCUCAGUUAGGUCUGCCGAUGAGCUGGCGAAGAAAACACCGUGGCUCGAAGCACAAGCUCAUAGGGCAGGCCCGGCUUGCCAUUGCUCCUCCAACAACUUUCUACUCCUAUCCAUAGGUUAUGCACAGGAAACAGAGGACAAAUUGAUUGAGCCGAUCCAAGUCCUAGUAGUCCCAUUGGAUAAUGAGUAUAUAGUGCGGAAUGGUGGGUUACCUGAACCAGUCACAAUUCUUCGUAUUGCAAAAAAGCGCAAAUCUGUUAUGGUGCUGGGCACAUGCUUAAUUCCCGUGGGAGAUCUGCAACACCUUUCUUUAAGGGGCAAUAUUAUUGGUCAUGUUAGUUUGCACUUCAUCGUGGUGCUAGAAGGAUGUGAUUCGAUCGAACCGAAUGGGGUGAUUCGGGCAAUUUGCGGUGAGGUCAGCUGGAAUGCGUAG